AUGAUCAACAUUCCAAAAGAUGGAAAUGAAAAUCUAGAAAAUCCAUUAAUAAACAAUUCUUCUACAACUGAGUAUCGAGAUGAAAAUGAAAAUGAUGAAAAUCAAGAAGAAUCAAAUUUUGAAUUUUCACAAUCCAUAUUUAAAUCAACAAUAACUGGUAUUAGUACAAAAGGAAAAUUAUAUUAUUCAAUUAGUAUGGGAAUUAUAUUAUUAAUUUUAUCAUUAAUAUUUAUAAAAAUUGGUGGAUUAAAUAUUUUAAUUGGUUAUUUUUUAUUACCUUUUGGUAUAUAUUUGUUAUUUAUUUUAAGUGGGUUAAUUGUUUUUGGUUAUGAAAAUCAAAUUGGAUCAGAUGUCUUUUUUAAAUUGAUUGUGAAACAUAUUCGUAUUGUUGGUGCUAUACUGAUUGUUUUGAGUUUGAUUUUGUACUUAACUUCUGGUAAGAAAGGUCAUAAUAAGUAA